GAAAAGAAAGGGUCGGCGAAAGGAGCAACAACCCGAGUAAGACAAUGGAGGACGACACUAAUGCUGGAAAGAAAGAAGAGGAGGAAUUCAACACAGGCCCUCUCUCUGUUUUGAUGAUGAGUGUCAAAAACAAUACUCAGGUGCUCAUUAAUUGCCGGAACAACAAGAAGCUACUUGGCCGUGUGAGAGCAUUUGAUCGCCAUUGUAACAUGGUUCUCGAAAAUGUUAGGGAAAUGUGGACUGAGAUACCCAAGACUGGUAAAGGCAAGAAGAAAGCUCUUCCCAUCAACAAGGAUAGAUUCAUCAGUAAGAUGUUCCUUCGAGGGGACUCUGUCAUCAUUGUUCUGAGGAAUCCCAAGUGAGGUCCAAGUUUUCUCUUUUGAUGAGUAGGCACCUCAUACGUGUAAUGCAGCUGUGAGCUGGGUCUGUCUUUACUAAUGCGACUCAAAGGUUUACUGUCUACCUUUCUUGUGGGAUGAUUUGUACCUUUUGACUUGCAUAUGACUUUGUUACUGGAAUUAGAUUGAGGCUUUUGACUGCUUGCUUGAUUCUCAAGCUCCUUACAAAUUUUGUACAUGGUGUACUUUUGGCUGUCUUCAUGGUAAGGGAUAUACGCUGGAUCAAGGAUGGCCAUGAUACAGUUCUUUCAUGGUUUUGCAGUUGCAAAGAGGUUAAGGGAACUGUCACCAGCUAUGAACUAUGCCUUUAAAU